AUGCCUCGAAGUUCACAGCCAUCCCCAAUAGACAGUGAUGAUGAGAACACGCCGCUACAUCUCGAGGACAAGAACGAAGAGUCCAUCCCGUUGCGUCCCAUGGGCAAGGACGAUCACGAGGGUCUCGCUCCAUCGGGGUUGGACGCCGUUGAGCAAAAUGUCGCGCUCACCAAGCAAGAGAGAGCCAUUCUGGACCGUCAACUCAACGGCCUUCCAUCUACCCGCAGCCACCAGAAGUUCUCGCUGUGGCCGUAUGCCACUAAACGGGACAAAAUGGCCAUUGUGUUGAGCUCAAUAGCUGGUCUCGUUGCGGGAGCUGCCAACCCGUUCAUAUCUGUCCGUCCACUCCUCUCUCAACCGUCCCGUUCCCAAAAGACGAGUAGCAGAACGACUGACCUUUCACUCGAUAGCUACUUUUUGGUGAACUGA